AUGGGAAUGUGGGAGGAAGCGAGUGACCCAGUGAUGGGGAAGAAGGAUAAAAAUGAGGAGCGGAAGGAGAGAAUCCUGAAUCUCACACUGGAGAUUAUCUAUCUGCUGACUGGAGAGGGCUACGUCAUCCCUAAGAAGAAGAGCCCAACUGUGGGUUUGGGGGCCCUGCAUGCCCCUGGCUCCGUCAUACAGAAGGAAAAUGACAAGAAGAUCCUGGAACUCAUCUCCAACAUCAUCCAGCUGCUGACUGGAGAGGAGUGGGAGUAUAUAAAAGGAAACAAGGCCCUUUACAGGGAAGGGAUAAAGGAGGAGGAGGAGCCCCAGCAGCUCCGCCCACUGGGUGAGUAAUGGUUUCUAUCAUAUACAGAGCAUAGAAUCUAUGCAGGAAGUUUUGUCUUUUUAGGGAGAUGCAGAAGAAAGUAAAUCCAUUUACACCCAGUUAAUAACCAGUGACACAGACACAGAGCUCCUAAAGUCUUUUGUUCUUUUAAAAUAAUUUCCAUUUUAUUGAGUUUUAACAAGAUAUAAAAAUACAACGUAUUGUGCAGAUCAGAGGGAUACAGAUAAAGGACAGAGCUAAUGAGGAGAGAGGAGUUAGUUGGUUCCGGUGUUUAGUUGAAGUUUCCUGAUUCUUAUUCGCUCAUAGGAAUCAUUUAGAGGCGUGAGUUCAUAUUUGGGGUUUGAGCCCAUUUCUGCCAUAAUAUGGUGGGUAUUGGGCAAAAUGAUUGGUUUGGGAUGUCACAUGUUGCACUUUCUGUUUUCCCUCUCCAAAAAAUAAAAAACUCACAGUACUGGCACUAAACCAAGAACUCUGUUUGGCUCAAGAUUUUAUAUAUUUAUUUACACAGUAAUACAUAACUGCCAUCUCUACCAAUCACUAGCAACAUACAGAAGGUUAUGGAAUGGCUUGUUUCCCCCCCGUGUCUAAACAACCAUAAAUAACAGUCUCUAUCCUUCCCUUUAGCAGCCUGUGAGUAUAAAGAUGGGAGCGAUGUUACAGCACAUACGGA